AUGUCAAAUUAUUCACACCAGGGUCGAUAUGCUGGUGACUACGACUCAAAGAGUACUCCAGCGACUUUGAAGCCACACCGCAAACAUACUAGAACCUCCCAUGACUCAUACCAAGUGGUGGAUCCAGCUUCAAAACGACUAUUUUUCUUGUCGUUAUUUGUGUUGCUCGAAAGCUGGAAAAUUUACGACGCAAUUGCAUUGAAAUCAUCAAAAAUAGGCGUGAAUAUCACGUCUCUAAACAAGUUCACCUUUGUGGUCAAAUACUUUUUACUUGAAGGAAUUUUUUUCUGGACGCUUCCCUUAUUCAAUGUUUCACAAUUGUCCUUCAAUCCAGUUACAACAUUUAUUAUCACAGCUGUUCUCAACAUUCUUACGUUCUUUCUCGUCAGCGACAGCACAAUUCCAAUAGUGGGUGGCCUCAUAUUUCCUGCUAUUGACUUUAUACGUCAAAAAAGUGAGCUCACGUUGGCUGGCGACCUGGUGCGCUCUGGAACUGCCAUUGAUAUCGACUCCUAUUUCAAGGGCCGUUACACAAUUCACUACGUUCCUGACUCUACGGCCUUCUUCAAUCCCUUUGAAAAUAAAGAUUUCUGCCUCAUUGAUGGCUCUGCAAUUGGGGUUCCCGUACAAUUCAAUACCACAAACGAACUUGGAUGGCUUCAAUUGCAGCAUAUUUCCCCUGAGAAAGAAGUCAGCUUAUUCAACUACACUCGAACCGACAUAGCGAAGCUCCUUAAGCGUGAUUACUCUCACUUGAUUCAUAAUCCCGGAUACAUCUCAAAUGAUGAGAGAAUCUUUUACCUCGAAUUACCACUCAGAGAUCCGGGACAAUAUAGCAUCAAAGAAGUUCGAGACGUCGAUGGCCUGAAAAUUCGCACAUACAAAUCAGAUUUAACCAUCUCGUCUUGUCCUUCAGCUCGGGUGAUCUCUUCCGUUGAUGAUUCCCAGUACAUUUGUGUUCCAGAGCCAAACCGAAGUAAACUUGGAUCUCUCACUCUUCCUCAAGUUGAAGUUAAUGGUGUAUAUCCCAUGGAGCUUGAGUUCGCGGUCUCCAUCGGAAAGAAGAUCAUUAAGCUGAGGAAAGUCACUAUCAACGGUAAGCCUCCUGAAAAUGGACAAAUAAAUCUUCGCCUGGCCCGCUCGGUGAAAAAUAUAUUCCUAGAGAGCUUGAGCGAUAAUAUUGAUCUUCCAGAAGUUGCCAAUGGUCCACUCGAAUUCAGGAUCUUGCUGGUUCGUGAUGCGUUGAAUGUGAACAGAAAAUAUAAUCCUCACUCAAAUGCUCGAGAUUUACUAGGAAGCAUUGACCUCAAAACAAAACCAGUCGUUAAAUUAUCUGAUAGAAACCGGGAAAGUAAGCUUCUUGUCAACGGAACCAAAAAUGUGGCGAUCAGUGUUGACCGCUCACGUAUUCAAGAGGCAGACUGGCCCAUCACAAUUAUGAUCGAAUAUCUGUCACCUUCCAAAUUAUCUUCUUAUAAUUUCAGCCGUGUCUUCCACAGUGUGCACGAAGCCUCAAAAGGAUUUGAAGUUGCCAAGUCCGGCAGUUACAGACUAGUUUCUGCAUCCACCAAAUUUUGCGAUUGUAAGUUGGAUGGUCGAACCAUUAAAAUUGACCGGGCAGACCCACCUCAAAUCGAGAUAACUUCUGAACCAAUCGUUGAUAAAUGUGUCGGAAUGACUGGCUACAACUUCAAAUUUGAUGCAAAGGGUCAACCACCAUUUCAGGUUCAGUAUCAAGUCUUUCAAAAUAAGUCUAACGGUGUUCUAAGACCCGUGCACGAUGCUUAUGGAAACGUGCACCGUACGUUGCGCUUCCAAGACGAAACUUACGACUUUGAAUAUAAACCUCCGGGCGAGGGAAAUUAUAUUGUCGUUUUCAAAUCUCUUCGGGAUGGAUACUACCAAAAGACGGGUAUACCUCUUGACGAGAAAGUUCACACGUACCUGACUUACUUCAGGCAAAGAUCCCGUCUGUCGAUUGAAGCCGCUGAUGAUUCCAAUGCGUUACCAAUCUGCUUAGGAUCCCAAGUAGACGUUCCCAUUUCCAUGUCUGGAAACUUUCCGUUUCUGAUGUCAUAUAAGGUUAUUGAGAUGAGUUCCGGGAAAGUGAUCGAGAGUAGCACGGUAAAGGAUCUUUCCGACUCAAGAUUUAUUAUUCAAACCCCAAAGUUUGAUAAAGGUGGAUCGUAUCGCGUACAAAUCGAUAAGCUUACAGACUCCUUGGGCUGUGAGGCAAAUCUCGUUGGACAGAAUUACCGUACUGUGAACGUUCGGAAGGACAUCCCAGAAAUUUCCCUUGGUAUAGAGGCUGACAGUUGGAGCGUUUCUAUUGUGGAAGGGGACUCGUUAAAGCUUCCUUUGAACGUCCAAUCGUCAGUGGGAAAUACGCAACGGGAUCGCUUGGUUUAUUCCAUCACUGAUUUGAAUAAUAGUUCAGAUACCAAGGUGCGUACAGCUAUUGGGAUUGAAAACUUGAGGAUCAAAGAAGCGGGUCGCUAUAAGCUACUUUCAUACUCUAGCGGGGGAUGCGAAGGAAAAGUAGCAAACCCACAAAAGGUAAUUACCGUUGAUUACAUUCCUCGUCCGUCAAUUGUGCUAGGGGCAAUUGAUAGAGGAGACUUAAAAAAUGACGACUUUGAAGGUCAACUUGGGCCCGUGUGUCGCGGAGGUACUAAGAAAGUUGAAAUGUUUUUGAACGGAAAAAGACCUUUUAUUGUCAACUAUCAGAUCAAGGAUCCUUCAGGCAGGGUGGAAAGUAGGACAAUGACAGUCAAUAAUGACCGUGUUACUAUUACCUUGCCAACCGAGAAUCAUGGCAUUUAUCGUCACAAGUUCUUGUCGGUGUAUGACAGCUUGUACACGCAAGAAAAGACCUCAAGGUUAAAUGUUCCUCCUUUGACUUCUCAGCUUCAAUAUGAGGUGCAGUCGCUCCCUGAACUUGCAAUCAAAAGUGGAUCGGAGUAUCUACAAUUCUGCGAAUCUACUCUCAAGAAGAUCUCUAAACUGCCUCCAAAGAUACAAUUGAAUCUCAAGGGACAGUUCCCAGUUACACUAGACGUUACUCUACAAAGGGGAGACGCUAAUGAACAAGAGAAAUUCCAAGUGAAGCAUCUCACAACUUCGGAAGUCGACUUGAACGAUAUUAUAUCCUCAAUUAAUGGCAAAGCCUUGGACCAAACUUUACAGGUAGGUGAUUACUUCCUUCUGUUUGACAGAAUUACUGAUAAUAAUGGGUGCUCUAAACAAAUACAGGACGCCAACGUAGUGGUUCUGGUGACAGAAGUGCCAAAAAUGAAGAGAGAACCCAACCAAAAGUAUUACUGCGUGGGCGACCAUAUAACUUACGAUCUUGUUGGUAUAUCACCAUUCACUGUGUUCUACAACUUUAAUGGAAACUCCCGAAAAGCCCAACUGCAUAACAAGUUCUCAAGGCUAGCUUCUAAACCAGGUAAUUUAACAAUUACAGCCUUGCUUGAUUCAUCUAUUGACCACUGUUUGGUGAAUUUUACUGAUGCGGCAUCCUCGAUGAAUAGUCUACAGGCUGAGAUCCAUGAUCUUCCUUCGGUUGAAGUUAAUCAAGGGGAGUAUAUUGUGCGGAACAUCCAUGAGGGGGACAAGACUGAAAUCAAGUUUUCGUUCACAGGGGUCCCACCAUUUUCGCUAACGUAUGUGCGUAUGCUUGAAGAAAAUUCGAAGGACAAAGGUCCACGGAAGCAGCAUAAACCUCGCGUGGUUGAGAAGGAAACCAUAGAUAAUAUUUGGGACCAUGAAUAUGUCUUGAUGGCUUCGUUGGAGGGAACAUACGAAGCGAUAGAGGUCAGAGAUGCUUACUGUAAAGCACUGAAAAUCGAUUACGUCGCAUAG